UUUCAAGUCAUCAUCGUCUCUCUCUCUCUCUCUCUCUCUCCUCGCUUUCUGAGACUCGAUUUCUUCUUCUUCAGAUCCGUCGAGUUUCUUUUUCUAGAAUCUUCUUCAGAAUCUAUACAUACAUAGAGGCAGCUUUAUCUAUCGAUUUCACAAACCCUAGCUCCGGCGAUCUUAAAUCUACAAAAUCCAUGGCGUCUUCACCAGGUAACACUAACCCUCACAAUCCUCCUCCCUUCGAUAUCAGCAAUUUUUUCAAACCCUCGCCAAGCCCUUACCCUACGCCACCGGGUUCUUAUCCUCCACCCGCCGGACCUUUUCUUCACAACCAGUAUCACCAGCAGCUCUACACGCCGCCUGGAAUCGCUGGCCAACUAUCUCCGGCGGCGUCCUCGGCAGCGCUGGCACAGCAGCAGCAACAGGAGGCGCCUCCGGCUUCCUCAUCCGCCGCUGCUAACUUGCACCCGCCGAGAUCGCUUUCCUAUCCUGCGCCACCUCUCAACCUCCAAUCGCCCCGAGCGAAUCACAACCCCGGUACGCACAUCCUCGCUCUCCUCAACAAUAAUAAUGGCGGAAGCGCCAACAGUGGCGCCACGGCCAAUCAAGAUCCGUCGCCUCAGCACCCAGGGCUGCAUCCACACGAGGUCGCACGGCCAUUCCCGGGCGGUCCGGUUCCAAUCCGUGCUCAGAGCUGUAAGCUACCCAAAGGAAGACGCUUGGUCGGCGAACAUGUGGUGUACGAUGUGGACGUGAGAUUGCAGGGAGAGAUUCAACCGCAACUCGAGGUGACUCCGAUUACCAAAUACGGGUCGGAUCCGCAGCUCGUAGUGGGUCGACAAAUCGCGGUGAAUAAGGUCUACAUAUGCUACGGUCUGAAGGGAGGGAAUAUUCGGGUUCUCAACAUAAACACCGCAUUGAGAUCUUUGUUCCGCGGCCAUACUCAGAGAGUAACGGACAUGUCAUUCUUUGCGGAAGACGUUCACCUGUUGGCUAGCAUUAGUCUAGAGGGAAAAGUUUUUGUAUGGAAAAUUUCUGAAGGUUCAGAAGGAGAGGAUCAGCCCCAGAUAUCUGGAGGAAUGGUUCUUGCUGUUCAGAUAUUAGGGGAGGAGGACACAAAGCAUCCACGUGUGUGCUGGCACUCUCACAAGCAGGAAAAUUUGGUGGUUUCAAUUGGAAAAAACAUAUUGCGGAUUGACACUACCAAAGUUGGCAAAGGUGCAGUAUAUUCAGCGGAGGCACCUCUUCAGUGUCUUCUUGACAAGCCGAUUGAUGGCGUGCAACUUGUUGGUAAACAUGAUGGAGAAGUUACUGAUUUGUCGAUGUCCCAGUGGAUGAAAACUCGCUUGGUUUCUUCUUCAGUGGAUGGCACGAUUAAGAUAUGGGAAGACCGUAAGGCACAACCACUUGCAGUUUUAAGACCACAUGAUGGUCAUCCAGUCAAUUCAGCCACAUUCAUGACAGCUCCUGAGAGACCUGAUCACAUCAUACUUAUCACGGGGGGUCCUCUAAACCGAGAAAUGAAGAUUUGGGUCUCAGCUGGUGAGGAAGGGUGGCUCCUACCGACUGAUUCUGAAUCAUGGAAGUGCAUCCAGACACUUGACCUAAAAAGUUCAGCUGAACCACGAGCUGAAGAGGCGUUUUUCAACCAAGUCGUUGCAUUGUCUCAAUCAGGGCUGCUUUUACUUGCAAAUGCAAAAAGGAACGCCAUCUAUGCCGUGCAUUUGGACUAUGGUUCUUGUCCAGUUGAGACAAGGAUGGAUUACUUGGCAGAAUUUACAGUCACUAUGCCUAUAUUGAGUUUUACAGGGACAAAUGAUCCUCCUGAAGAGCAUAUUGUUAAGGUUUACUGUGUUCAGACUCAAGCUAUCCAGCAAUAUACUUUAGACUUAUGCCAGUGCUUGCCCCCUCCUACAGAGAACAUGGGUUUGGAGAAGUCAGAUUCAACUGUCUCACGGGAGGUGAAUCUUGCUGAAGGCACAUCAGAUGCAGCUGGACAGAAGCCUACAGAACUGCCUUCAGCUGAUUCAAUGCUCAAACCACCUGUCCAAGUAAGUAGAUCGGACAGCGCAAGUGCUCUUAGGUUUUCAGGGAGUUCUGCAUCAAUGGAGACCAUGUCACAAGAAGUUUUUCCUACCAAUGGUGAACAUAAAAUUUCUGGCCUCCCAUCUGCAGCCAGUGAUACUGAUAUCGGGUAUGCUCCUUCUCCACCGCUUCCUCUAAGUCCUAGGCUGUCACGGAAACUUUCUGGUUAUCAUACUCCGGCAAAUACCGUUGAGUCAGCACUCCCUCAGGGUGAGUUCGGCGGUAAACCUCCAGCCACUGAUUAUUCGCAAAUGGAUGGUGGCCAAAAAAGUUUAUCAGAUGUGUCUUCUGUAGAUGAUGGCUCAAGGAGUGACAAAAAGGUUACACCUGAUGAUGCAGCUGCGAUUCGAAGCCCACCAAUUGUUUUCAAACACCCCACUCAUCUUGUAACACCUUCAGAGAUAUUGAUGGGUGUUUCAUCUGCUGAAGCCACCAUUGCUACUGAGGGCAAGAGAGAUAAAGAUGCAAAUGCUCAGGACGUUGUGGAUACCGAUACAGAUAGUGCAGAGGUAGAGGUUAAAGAAGUAGGUGAAGCAGGAUCAACUCAGAAUGAUGGAAUUAACUAUCACGAAGAAACUGAGAACCGUGUAUCAGAAAAUAGAGAGAAGAUUUUCUGCUCACAGGUCUCAAAUCUCAGUACUGAGAUGGCAAGAGAUUGCCAUGCUGUUAUGGAGGAGAGUUAUGCACCUGAGGAAUCAAAAGCACUUGGUCAAUCUUCUGAAGCUGGGGAGGAAGGUGGUGUUGACUCACGAGGUGCAUCUGGAAAGCUUCCCGAGGUUUCAUCAAGUAUGCUUCCCCAGCCAGCAGCUUCAAAUAGCAAAGGGAGGAAACAGAAGGCUAAAAAUUCAUAUGGUUCCAGUUUGUUGUCUACAUCGUCGAAUGCUGCCGAUCUGGCUGAGUCUUAUAAUGAAGGUUGGAACUCAGGUCUUCCAACUACAGAGUCACUAUUGCCUCAAUUCCUAGCUAUGCAAGAGAUGAUGAAUCAGAUAAUGGCUUCACAGAAGGAGAUGCAGAGACAACUAUCAAAUGCUGUCAAUGGUCCUGUCACUAAAGAAGGUAAAAGACUAGAAGUGGCUUUAGGAAGAACGAUAGAGAAAGUCACCAAGGCGAACACUGAUGCUUUAUGGGCCCGUUUCCAAGAGGAGACAGCUAAAAAUGAGAAAACAUUGCGUGACCACACACAGCAAAUAGUAAAUGCAAUGACGAACUUCAUGAACAAAGAAUUGAAUGCUGUUUUUGAGAAAGUGGUAAAGAAAGAAUUUACUGCAAUCGGACCAGCUAUAGUCCGUUCAGUAACACCAGCUAUUGAGAAAACAAUAUCGUCAGCGAUCACCGAGUCCUUCCAGAGAGGAAUUGGGGAUAAGGCCAUCAAUCAACUCGACAAGUCUGUCAAUGCAAAACUUGAAGCUACUGUAGCCAGGCAAAUCCAAGCGCAAUUUCAGACCUCGGGCAGGCAAGCCCUCCAGGAGGCUCUCAGGUCCAGUUUGGAGGCUUCGGUUAUCCCUGCCUUUGAGAUGUCAUGCAAGACCAUGUUUGAGCAAGUAGACGCCACCUUCCAGAAAGGGAUAGCCGAGCACACAAGUGCAGCCCAGCAACAGUUUGAAUCUGUACAUUCUCAGCUCGCACAUACUUUAAGGGAAACCAUUAAUUCUGCUUCCUCGGUUGCGCGAACACUAAGUUGUGAAAUAACAGAUGGUCAGAGGAAACUUAUAGAACUUGCAGCUGCUGGAGCAAACCCAGGUGCAUCAAAUCCCUUGGUCACUCAACUAAGCAACGGGCCUUUGGGUGCCCUCCUUGAAAAGGUUGAAGCGCCUCCGGAUCCAACAAAAGAAUUAGCCCGGAUGGUGUCAGAGCGCAAGUACGAGGAAGCCUUCACGUCUGCUCUACAGAGGAGUGACGUCUCUAUAGUCUCAUGGCUAUGCUCCCAGGUGGAUCUGCAGGGGCUACUGGCGAUGGUGCCCCUGCCGCUGAGCCAAUGGGUACUGCUGUCACUUCUGCAACAGCUAGCGUGCGAUAUUGGGAAGGAGACGUCGAGAAAGCUGGGAUGGAUGAUGGAUGUGGGUGCGGCCAUAAACCCGGGAGACCAGAUGAUAGCUCUGCACGCAAGGCCCAUCCUGGAGCAGGUUUAUCAGAUCCUUCACCACCACCGCACCACCCCUGGCCUCUCAGGAGGUGACCAAUCCUCUAUCCGCCUUAUCAUGCACGUUAUCAACUCCAUGCUUAUGAGCUGUAAAUGAUUUUAUUAUAUGAUUAUGCUUAACCACUCCUACUGCUACAAACCCCAUCAGUGUCUCUCUUUCUAUAUAUGUACACUUUGGUGUCUGUCUCUGUCUUCAUGUCUGUAGAAAACAAUGGUGUACUUUGUCAGAUUUUGAUUUUUUGUCUUUUCCCAUUUACCUUUUUUUUUAAAAUGUAAAAUCUGAUUUUGGGGUUUUUGUUGUGCCGUGUAUAAUGUCUCUGGGCUGGUUUACUAUAUGUGGGCCCCUUCCGGUUGUCUGGGCCUACUUAU